CGCAGGACAAGUGGGUGUGGGCGACUCUGGGGGGGCACGCGCAUCGUUAACUCGCGGGCUGCAGGGCGAUCCUGGACAUGAAGAACCAGCGCGAUAAGCUGCGGCAGUACCAGAAGCGCAUGGCCGUGGUGACGGCGCGCGAGACGGCCAUCGCAAAGGAGUGGCUGGCGCGCGGCGACACCCAGCGGGCCAAGCUCGCGCUGCGGCGGAAGAAGUACCAGGAGGGGCUCAUUUCGAAGACGGACGCGCAGCUCGCGCAGCUCGAGCAGCUGACGGCCGACGUCGAGUUUGCGCUCGUGCAAAAGGACGUGCUGUUCGGGCUGCAGCAGGGCACCGCGGUGCUGAAGGAGAUCCACCGCGAGAUGGGCGGCCUCGAGCACGUCGAGAAGCUGCUGGGCGAGAGCGCCGAGGCGCGGGCGUACCAGGAGGAAGUGUCGGAGCUGCUCGCCAACCGAAUGUCCAACCAGGACGAGGACGAGGUUGAGGACGAGCUGGAGGCGCUGGAGCGGGCGGUCGCCGGCGUCGUCGCGCUGCCGGAUGCGCCCGUCAAGCAGCCCGAGUUCACGCCCGCCCAGAAGGCGCAGAUGGCGCGAGACCGCGCGCAGCGGAGAGCCCGCGAGCGCGCGGCCGAGCAGGAGCAGCGGGGCGAGCCGAUGCUGGCGUAGCGGGGAUGGAGUCACAGACACGGCGUGCGUGCAUUGGGCGAGGCGUUGGGGUCAUUUGCGGCGAGGUUGCGUACACUGCAUAUACUAUCGUUAUAGACUAUUACUCCGACUGCUCCAUAUGCUCCAUAUGCGCCGUAUGCUCCAUAUGCGCCGUAUGCUCCAUAUGCGCCA